AUUCCUCAGGUGUGUGUGCUGGCGGGCUGGAAUGCCAUGCGGCGGCGGGGCCGGCUCCGUGUCCCUCUUCCGCAUGGUUGUGGCUGGGGUUGGCACCGCUGGGCUUCUACCUGGCGUGGCAGCUGCUGUACUUCUUAAUCGUACAGGUCGCCUGCCGGCGCCUCAUCCUCUCCGGGGGCUAUGACACCAGCUACCGAGCCCUAGCAAGGAGAGCGCAACGGGCCAACAGCCCGCUCAAUCGACUUGUGCGCAGCGGCAGUGUGGCCAGGAGAUUAGUGAUGUACGGCCUCCUGCAGUUGCUCUUCACGCUGAUCACACAAGCCCUCGCAGCGGUCACCUACCACCACUUCGCAGCGGCAGCUGCGUGGCAGCUGGUGAAGCUGCUGGUGCCGCUCUAUCUGGGCGCAUGCCACCAAUGCCAGCGGCUGCCGGCACAGCAGCUUCGAGCCGCAGCAACCAGACUUGCAGCGGAGGGACUGCUGCCGGCAGAGCUGCUGCAGGCAGGUGGGGGGCUGAGGCAGCAGGCAGAUCCGCCGCGGAAGGCCCGCCCUGCAGCAGGAACAGGAGGAGCAUCUGCGGCGGCGACGGUGGUGGUGGAGGCGACGGCGGGCGGGACGCAGGCGGGGCGGCCUAGGCGGUGAGGCAUGGUGAGGCAUCCGCUGAUGUUGGUGACGAGGACAGCUGGUGAGCUCGCGUGGGUGAUGGGCUGAUGGCUUUUGCUGCCGUAUAAAGCCCGCAUGAUGGACCUUGCAGGAGCCCUGUGGACAAGGCAGGACAUGGGUUUGGUCACGGCUUGUACGGCGUUGUGGGUGCCUUCAGAGUUCAUGUGUGUAGCUAUGUCCAUGCUGGUGGUUACGGUACUUAAAGGGUGUGCGUGCUUGGGUAUGUGCUUGUCUUGUUGCUUCGAGUGGGCUCCGAGGGGGCUCCGAGGGGGCUCACGGGUGUUGGUACCGGUAUCUUGUAAGGGGAUGAGAGCGCAGGGGGUGCUUCCUAUCUUUGCCAUCAACGUCAUCGACGUGGCGUGUACAAUAGCUGCUACCAGUGUGGCAUGUAUGUGGGUCAGGUAGGUUUGCAGAGGCGCAAGAAAUGACGUGACGGAACUGGCGGGAGUCCAUGACCGCGUCGGAGCGCCUGCUGCUGCACACAGCAGCAAGCUUGGGUGUGUAACUGAAACGCUCGAAGCGAACUGCAGGCUGGGUGUGUGGGUUUGAUCUGGGGUUAGUUAACGGCGGUUUGCGUUUUAAGUAAGGGUUGACACGUAGCAUCCUGGAAGGCUGGUUUGUUUGCUCAGCGAUAACUUCGUUCAAUGGCCGGUUCUGUUCGGCGUCACCAUGUACCAUGUAUGACGCAUACACCAAACUUCUUAUGGUGAUGUCCGCAACUUGAGUUAAUGCCUUCAACCUGCCGUACUGGAAACUUAACUGUCAACUUACGAAGCUGGACUUGACUAGUCCACCCCGCCGUCCACCCCCCCGCAGUCCAGUCGAUAUCAAGUUAUUUUACUGGGCUUGAUUGCAACGUCAUGCCAUACGAUUCAGUUCAGUUUAGUCCGUUUGCAACACCCCUGUUCAACUGCCCAAUCCAGCACAGCAUGUCCCCAAU